GCAGGGCGGCGACGUCUUGCUGUUAACAUGCAUCUGCUCUGUGUCUCGGCCUGUGAGCGUGGCCCUCGGGUUCGACGCCCGACCCCUCCUUCCCUUUGCGCCCUAGAGCCAUCACUGUAUCAGUUUCCUAGUCUUGACGAAACCCUUGGCUCCAGCCAGCCCUGGUUCUCCUUUCCCUGCUCUGGCCUCACAGGGGCAGUUGGUGGUGAACCGUGAGCCACCCUGGCCUCAGCCAGAUUUCCCGGCCACACGCGAGAGAGAUGACCUGGGCCAUCCUGCUGUUUGCGGCCGGCUGCCUGGCCAUCCCAGCGCCAUCCAUCCUGCUGGUGCCCCCGUACCCCAGCAGCCAAGGGGACCCCAUCCACAUCGCAUGCAUGGCCCCCGACGGCUUCCCAGGGGCGAACUUCACACUGUACCAUGGAGGCCAAGUGCUCCAGUCCCUGCAGGCCCCCGCGGACCAGCGCGGGGUCACCUUCAACGUGAGCGGCAGCGGCGGCCACGGUGGCAAGGCCCCAGGGGGUGCAUUCCACUGCCAAUACGGCGUGAUGGGGGAGCACAGCCAGCCCCAGCUGUCGGACCUCAGCCAGCCCAUGCACGUCACCUUCCCAGUCGCCACUUGGAUCUUGGCUCUUUCUCUGAGCCUGGCAGGAGCCUUCCUCCUCUUGAUGCUGCUGGGGACCGUUACCAUGGUAAUCAGGAAAGUGAAAGCCAAAAACCUGCAGAAGAAAAGAGAUCGAGAAUCCUGCUGGGCCCAGGUUAACUUCGCCACCACAGACAUGUCCUUCGAUAACUCCCUGUUUGCCAUCUCCACGAAAAGGGCUCUAGAAGAAGACACAGCCACCUUGGAGGCUCGCCCCGGCUCGGCUGCGGGCUCCGGGGACUCCGAGCCCCGGAAAAGGCCCACCUCCACCUCGUCGUCCCCUGAGCCCCCCGAGUUCAGCACUUUCCGGGCCUGCCAGUGAGGACGUGGACUGGGCCUCCCAUGCCUGGGAGCCCCCAUUCAGCCCUUCUCCCUCCGGGGAGAGCUCCUUCUGGGGAGCUCCAGCUGCUGCUUUCUCAGGGAAAGAGGAGAGGAAGGGGACCCCUGGCCUUGAUCUAGAGGCUGGAAGCCCCCCUUUGGAUUCCCAGCUCCUAGGGAGACUGGGUAGGGGUGGGGGUCCCCUCCCCUUUUGGCCCCCAGCUGGGCCCCGGGAGCUCUGUGCUCUCCACACACCCCUCCACCGCGCCCCCCACGUGGGCACGGGACUCCUGGGUUUUGGAGCCGAGGGACCUGGGUAUGUUCUGUGCCGGCUCUGCUGGCACCGCUAAGUUAUGAUAACACGUUCUGAGGUGUUUCCAAGGA